AGCCCCUGCUCUCUUCCUGACUCGGUGAAGCUGACAGCCGCCGUCGUGCAGGAACAGAGAGCGUUUGGGGGUUGGAGUCAUGUCGGCAGCUGCUCAGGGGACCAGCAAAGCGGCCCACGGUGAUGUGGCCCCGAAAAAGAAGAAAGGACCGGGCGCCCUGGCCACGGCCUACCUGGUUAUUUACAAUGUUGUUAUGACAGCCGGGUGGCUGGUGAUCGCGGUGGGUCUGGUUCGAGCUUACCUGGCCAGGGGAAGCUACCACGGCCUUUAUUACUCUAUAGAGAAGCCGCUGAAGUUCUUUCAGACAGGAGCUCUUCUGGAGGUCCUGCACUGUGCUGUAGGAAUCGUGCCAUCCUCUGUGGUCCUGACGGGGUUCCAGGUCAUGUCUCGGGUCUUUCUCACUUGGGCCGUCACUCACAGCGUCAGAGAGGUGCAAAGUGAGGACAGUGUGCUGCUGUUCGUCACAGCCUGGACCGUCACAGAGAUCAUCCGCUACUCUUUCUACACAUUCAGCCUCCUUAAUCAUCUGCCGUACCUCAUCAAGUGGGCAAGGUACACCUUUUUCAUCGUUCUGUAUCCGAUGGGAGUGAGCGGAGAACUGCUGACCAUCUAUGCGGCUCUGCCGUACGUGCAGAAGACGGGCCUGUACUCCGUCACCCUCCCCAACAAGUACAACUUCUCCUUCGACUACUACACCUUCCUCAUCCUCGUCAUGAUCUCCUACAUUCCCCUCUUUCCCCAGCUGUACUUCCACAUGAUGCGGCAGAGGAAGAAGGUGCUGGGCCACGCAGACGACUACAGCAAAGUGGAGUGAGCUGUGCAGCGCUCAGAUCGGCUCACACGAGAGGAAAGCAACCAAAACAUCCCAUAAAGAACAAAACAGUGUUUUUAGUUUUCAAACUGCCAAAACUGACCCCCCCUCCCACCCUGCCUCGUAGAUCAUCCUGUCAUCAACCCACAUCAUUUUAAUCAUUUCAAUUUUUACAGCAAUGUAAGUGAGUCAUACAGACAUUCUGGAUAAACCUUUUUUUUUGUUUUUUGCAUAUUUAUGAACAAAUUGUGAUUACAUUGAAGUUUAAAGAAACGAGGAGCUGCUCUGUGAGCAUUGAACAGAGCUUGGACAAAGCUAAUCUGAACAGAAUGAUACACUAAUACGACCUUUGACCUCCUAAUAAACGACACCGAAGUGGAGAGUUGAUCCGGAUUCUCACCUCCCACUGGCGUUUAUUUAUUCAUUUAUUUUCUUUGAUCCCCAUGUGGUUUGCUUUAGGCUACUGUAAUAUAGAAAAAAUAAGUUGGAGCCUAGCACUGAAAGUUGGUGUCUGUAGGUCCUUUGUGCAAAUUGAUUUGAUGAUUUCCAUUUUGUGUAAUUUAUUGAAAUGUUUGGCUACAUUCCACAUUUAGCUCAAUAAACCUUUUUUUCCAUUCCA